UCUUCAGGAGGGGUAUAUAAGAGGGCACUGCAGUCCUGUUCCUCACACUACCUAGUAUCUACCCCCUAUUACCUACCUACCUACCUGCAUUAUGAAGCUGGCACUUAUCGUCCUGGUGAGUGUCGUCGCCCUGGUCACAGCUCGUCCCGAUACCAUUGUUGAUCUGGAUGAGAUUCACCAUGACCUAAACAUCGCCAAAGACACCACUGUCACUGGUAGCUACAGCUGGACUUCCCCCGAAGGUAAGGAAUACUUCGUCAAAUAUGAAGCUGACGAAAACGGUUUCCGCAUCGUCGAGUCCAACGUUGUCCCCGCUACCGACGGCGGCAUGUUAGCUGACGGUGCCCAGGGAUCCUUCGUCUCCCUUGAGGAUCUCUUUGACGAAUUCGACAAGUAAAUAAUAAAAAAAUUCUCUCAACCAAUGAUACCACUUAGCGUGUUGUCUUGGGCUCCGGAACACGACAAACAGUGUUCCCUGGAGCACCACGAGAAGCUCCUAAAUCAUCGCUCGUCUCCUUCUAUCUCAGCCUCACCUCCUGCAGUAGUCGUCAUCAAGGUGCUGCUACAAGAGGCCAUCAUACUCUUGCUUCAGUCUCUCCUUCCAUCGUUAUUCCAUUUUCCUGACGAUGAUUUCCUGUCUCUUCCUCCUUCUUCUUCUAU